AUGGCAGAUGGAGGAAGUGAUGACGAGGUAGACGGUGGUGAUGACAUGGCAGAUGGAGGAAGUGAUGACGAGGUAGACGGUGGUGAUGACAUGGCAGAUGGAGGAAGUGAUGACGAGGCAGACGGUGGUGAUGACAUGGCAGAUGGAGGAAGUGAUGAUGAGGCAGACGGUGGUGAUGACAUGGCAGAUGGAGGAAGUGAUGACGAGGUAGACGGUGGUGAUGACAUGGCAGAUGGAGGAAGUGAUGAUGAGGCAGACGGUGGUGAUGACAUGGCAGAUGGAGGAAGUGAUGACGAGGUAGACGGUGGUGAUGACAUGGCAGAUGGAGGAAGUGAUGACGAGGCAGACGGUGGUGAUGACAUGGCAGAUGGAGGAAGUGAUGACGAGGCAGACGGUGGUGAUGACAUGGCAGAUGGAGGAAGUGAUGACGAGGCAGCGUCUGUUGUUUGA